UCAGCUACUCGAGCAUGGAAACACGGUUAUAAUGCCGCCUCGAGCCUCUUAGCCCUCAUGGAGGGUGGCCGUUCUCAUCGAAGUGGCACCAACGCACACUCAAGAUCAACCGGCAGGACGAGAGGGCAGCGCUUGGAUUCUUACACGGCACGUGGGCAGCGCCAGAUAGGUGUCUUCGAACGGUGCCUGAAAACGCUCGUUGUGUCGACGGGAUUCGAGCCGGCAACCCUCCCCGACGAUCUCGGAGCGCUCAGUUUUUCCGUAGCUCAGGUAGACACGAUUGCGGGGAACGUGACGGGCCUUUCGAACGUUUCCACUAAAGGCGCCAGCUGGACAUCUGUCGGUGAGUGCGGCAUACGGGCUCGGUUCGACCUGGUGUUCACGGGUCUCAGGGUCAAUGCGACAGCGUCGGUCAGCGCCAUGUUUAUGAGCAGGAGCGUGACCUUCGAGAUGGAGAUCCCGGAAGUGGAAGUCAUUCUAGAGAUCCAAGAAACCGAAGAUGCGCUUCAAGUUACCACCUACGACCUGACCUUCACCUCUAACGUCACUGUAACAGCGUCAGUUGAGGGGACAGUUGGCAGGAUUUUUGACUUCUUCGGUGGACUAUCCAAUGUUACCCUAGGAGACGAUGAUCUUCUGCUAAUCAAGUCGUCUUCGCGCAGAUACGUUCAACAAAUCGCCGAAGCGGUUAGAGGGUUCAUCGCCGAUCCUCCGCCCAUGCCGAUGGCGCAGAUCCGCCGAGGGCGACCAUCUGUGACUUUUUAUUAAAUGUUCAUGCUGGAAUAAAGAAAAAUAUUGGCGCGAAUUCUACGAACACUUACGGCGAGCAGGUUCGCAUGCACAGCAUGUUGCGGUAUUCGUUAUGAGAAUAUGCUUUCUUCGACGAAAAUGCA